AUGUUUAGCGGCUUUUGGUAUCUCACAUUUCCACACGACCUCGAGAUCGAAUCCGGCUUCUCGAAUUGCUUAUUCUCGUGCGACUGUCUGUUCUUACAACCUUGUAUCGGAUUGAUGUUUGGGACAUCCGUGCCAACAGCAGUGGUGGAAUUGAAAUACAUUUCGACUGGCCAUCUCGUCGAAUGGAGCGCCUGCGAUCCAGCGCUCGCCAUCAUGACCGCAUUGGGCGUGAAGGAUGUGGACGCCGUCCUGCUGGCUUUCGUACUCAAGCCAACAAAUCGUGCUCGCGUUUUGUUUGGGGUAGAACGCUUUCUCGUAAGCCGACUAUGGUUUGUCUACUUUGUCACCUGGGCAGACGAUCUUUGUGACACGUUGGGUGCACCGAUCGCCGUGUUGUUAAAGGUCCGAAGACUUGAUGAAAGAAUGAGAGCAAUAACCACACACAUAGAGUCGGGCCACCUUCUUGAUAUCUUUGACAUAGAAGUCAUACUGCUCAAACAUUCCGAUGAUUAUCGUGUCGGGAUAGUGGGCGGGUUGUCGUUUCAAGUGACAUACUUGCUCGAUCGGCUGGUACAUGUAAAUACCCAACUUGAAAUGUUUUCCGAUUUAGUCGAGAUUGUCUCGAUUGGUCUUGGAGACAUGGAGGAGCAGCUCAUUGUAGAAGGAUUUGUCGAUCUCUCUGUCUUUGACGACGGACAGUUGGACUUUGAUAAAUCAUACAAACACCCACUUGGAGUUGUGACGAUCUACGUUGUCUGUGGUGAGUCUGGCUUGUUCUUGUUUGGCUAUCCAGUAGCGGACUUGUUAGAGCUGACUUAUUCUCUUGUUAAUGGAUACGUUUUUGCUAAACAACAUCACGCUACCAUGUUUGAUAUUUUGAAUUCGGUUGGCCAGGCAACUUUUGAAAUCUCACAACAGCAGGAAAAGUUUCAAAAGAGAACACUAACAGUUUUGGUGAUGGCCUAUGGACACAUCAUGUGGCGAACUAGCUUUCCUGCUUUUAAUAACCCGGCAUCAUUUACUGUCGACGUACAGAAAAAGUGGUCUGACAAGUUUCACAUCAUUGCUUAUUACUACGACGAAAUAUGUAAAACCGUUGUUGCCGAUGCUCUUACCGUGCUGGUAGAACAAAAGUUUCAAAACGACAUUGUUGUUACUCCGUUAUUGCGUGGGGGAACAACCUUAACACCUGGAAGUCCUAUGAAAUUAGAAGUUUUUACUGGAAUAGACUCUGAUGUUGCACUGUUGGCUGUUGACAAAGGCUUGUACGCUUUGAAUAACAAGAACAAGCUCACAAGAGAACAGUUGUUUGAGAAGCGUGCAGUUUAUGACUUGUCAUGCAAACGAAACAUUCAAAAAUCUUCGACGAUAUUUGACGCAUUUGGCUUGACAGCCGUCACAAAUAUGGACUUUGUAACUAGCCCUAGAACAAGAAGAGAAUGUCCUGUCAUUACUACUCAAAAGAAACGAAGCGUUCAUGAAACCGAACUAAGUUGCUGUGAACGUUUUGGAAAUCAAACUGGUGGCCAUAUUACCGAACAAACCGACGUUGACAAUAAAACUUUGGACGACUUGGCAAACGCGUGUAAUAGAAAACUGAAAGAAGUCAGCACAUCAGAAGAAAACAGUCGACGUCACAAUUUUACUUGUGAACUAACAGAGCAAUGCAUUAAAGAAUACUUGAGUUACUGCGUUCCUGCAAAUUUGAGGUAUAGAACAAUACUAAGCCAAGGAGCAAGUACCUCUCAGGGAAUUAUAUUUAUACAAGAAAGAAGCUAUUUUCCUCACGUGUGGUUGGUCAAAGAUGUCAUGAAUUCAGGACAAAGUGGGAGAAUUACUAAGGACGUUAUAUUGCCUCAUUCGAUUACCACUUGGAUUUUUCAUGGACUCACCUUGUCAAAUAAUGGUUUUGGGGUGGCUAAAGAAGUCGAAUUAGCUGUGUUCAAAAAACUUUUUGUGGAAUGCGAUCUUCCGUUCUCUGUGAGAAGGCAAGAGCAAGUCUCAAUACCUUGUACAGCAUACAACUACGGAGAGCAAAAAGAGGUUUUAAUGAAAAUGGUCAAGAUUCCUUAUAGUCUUUGCACUACAGCCGGUCUUGGAUCAUCAGGAGAGGAAAGAAGAUUUACUCUAGGGACAAACGCGACUGAGACAGUUCUUUUCCCAGUGAUUCCUCUAGAUGUUGGAGACAUUGAACUAACAGUUCAACUAAUAAGUUUUGGUUUCGUCAAUAUAGGAGAUCAAGUUACUCAAGUUUUGAAAGUAGAAUAUGAAGGAGUAACAAGGGAUUACUCAAUGAGUGCUGAGCUAGAUCCAUCAGGUGUUAAUGUCGAUCAUAAAUGUGAUAUCCGAUUUCGCCGCAACACUCCUGAUUUUACUGAAGGACCAUGCUAUCAUGUUCUCGCCGAAGAUAGGAGUUGCAGCAACAGACUUCCCGAAUUGUAUACGAAAGAUGAAUGCUGCGAUUUGAAAAAGAAACAGUUGAGUGUCGGUUGGGGUGAAUUGUGUGAGCCAUGUCCUAGAGCUUCAGAGACUCGAGAAAGCGAAGACACAGAAGGAAGGCGUGGAUUUCAGGAAAAUUAUUUCAGAAUACGGCUCCCUUCUAAUUCUAUUCCCGGUUCCGCCAAUGUUUCUGUAUCAGUAACAGGAAAGUACCUUGAAGGUACCAUACCAAUUCAGUACAAUGUCAGAAAUAUGCUCAAAAUACCAGGAGGACCUGGAGAAGAGAACAUGAUCAAGUUUGGGCCCAACGUCGCAGUAAUAAAGUAUCUCAAGCACAGUCGCAGGCUGAACAAAGCUGAAACUUUGAGAAGACUAUUUCUGAUAAGACGAUCUUAUCAGCAUCAGUUAAAUUUCAGGACAAGCGAAGGCGGUUUUGCAACAAGUAAGAGACAUGUGACUGUGACCUGGCUAACAGCAUUCGUGCUCAGGACAAUGUGUGGUGCAUUGGAUCUCAUACACAUCGAUCCCAGGGUAAUCACGGGCGCACAAAACUUUUUGCUGAACCGUCAAAACACGUCUGGAGAAUUUUACGAAGGUGGACUUGUUAAAGACUUCAUAAGGGGACGGCAUCGUCAAACACCUGCUUCUCUCACUUCUUACGUUGUCGUUAGCCUUCUCGAGUGCUGUCAUCAGCCUAAGUACAGAAUACCACAAGCUGUAAAAGAUGGAAUUUGUGAAGCAGUAGCUUUUCUAGAGAACGAAGUGACAGCCGGACGCGUCACUGAUGAACACACAAAAGCUGUAGUCUAUUAUGCCCUUGUACUAGCUUGUGCGAACUGCACAACCUGUAAUUGCAGCGAGGAGGCGAGAAGUACUCUUUUGAAUGAACUUAUGAGAUCUUCCAUACGAAGAUAUGGAAUGAAAUACUGGGUUGGAAAUUCUACUCAACUUACUCCUCCCAGAGCCGAAUCGAUUGAAAUAACAUCAUACAUGCUGUGCGCAUAUAUUGCGCAGAACAAUGUCGACUGUGCUAGACCCAUUGCCAAAUGGGUAAACACUGCACGCAAUGGACGAGGAGCUUUUAGGACAACUCAAGACACAACCAUAGCGCUAAAGUGCCUAGCCGAUUUUGCAUCGUAUCUAACGCAGGAUCGCAAUAUGAGAGUGACUGUGACGGAUUUGGACGACAGCUUUGAACAUGUUGUUACAAUAGAUAACAACAACAGAGACGUUGACCAACAACUAUACAUACCAAUCAAAGAUGGUAUAAUCAGAGUGAAAACUGAAGGAACCGGUCUUGGAUUGGUACAAGUGCAAGUUAGCUACAACGUUCCUGAUUUGGAAGCUGAAGACUGUAGCUUUGAUUUCACGGUCACAGCUAAGUUUGAAAGCAAAAAGUCUAAAGACCUCCUCAUAAAAGCCUGCGCAAAAUAUAAGGGCAGAUUUGGAACUGGCAUGUCUAUCAUGGAAAUAGAAAUACCGACUGGGUUUAAAGCUUGCGAAGGUGGAGAUCCGUUUCCGGACCCCUCUUGCCUAAAAGAGCUUAGUCAAGUUUUGAGCCUCGAUUAUGAAUUAAAUUCGAGAUUUGUAACGUUUUACUUGGAAGAAAUAAAUUCAUACACAGCGACAUGCAUCGAAUUCAAGGCUACAAAGAAGUAUAUUGUUUCUCAUGUCGCACCAGUGGAAGCUAAAGUAUUUGAGAAGUCUGACCCAGACACUAAAUGCUCGAAAUUCUAUUCACCUUCUGGUGCCAGUGCAACAUUAGCACUAAUUGGGUGUGAACAAUCUACACUUGGUGAGUCAUCGGUUCAAGAUCCAAUAUGCAUAUGUGGUGCAGGCCUUUGUCCAAAGAUCAAGGAUAUUGACAAUCGUCUUUGCAAUGUUUGCAACCAUCAUCAAUACGCAUACAAAGUCAAAGUAAAAGCAAUAGAAAAGAAGAAUACGUGGAUCAAGCACAAAUGUAAAAUUGAACAAAUUCUGAAACCGGGCAGGAACGAUCUUAAAGUUAACGACACAGUUCUGUUUUGGAUGCAAGAAGUCUGCAAAAUGUCAGCCAAGUUUCGUGUAGGCAAUGUCUACCACAUCAUGGGUCUAGACGGAGAAAAAUUUAUUCUUGAUCAAAAUUCACUUAUUGAAGAGUGGCCGGUUACUGUCCCAAAGUACGAUGCAGGUUGCUUAAAGACAAGUGAGAAAGAUUGUAUCAAAAAGAAAUGCCGCAACAAAAAAGGCAACCAAAAGAGGAGCUGUGAGAAGAAGUUCAAGAGCCAGUGUGCGAAAAAGGCAAAGAGAGACUGCGUAUCCGGAUUUUAUCGAUAUUUCAACAGCCUAACAGAGAAUCCCAACGUAUGUGAAAGAAGUGACUUGUGCUAGAAAG